AGACUCCUGAUCACCACUUUAAGAGUCAGACUUUCAAGCCGUUUUUUGUGGAUUCCUCCUGUGUCUUUUUUGGAGCAGGCCUGGGAAAAAUUAUGGAGUAUCAGCUGGCUGUCACCGACAAGACAAUCAAGCCUGGCGAUGGCAUCCUGGUGGUCGGAAAAGUGACCCCAGAUGCCAAGAGGUUUGCCAUCAACCUGGGCCGGGAUCGCCACAACCUCCUCCUCCACUUCAACCCUCGCUUCGAGACAGGCGACAUUGUGUGUAACUACAAGGCGUGUGGAGUGUGGGGUCAGGAGCUGCGAGAGUCGCUGUUCCCUUUCCAACGGGGAGAAGAAGCCAAGAUCUCCAUCUCCUUUGACGCCAGGGCGGCGACAGUGACGAUGCCAGGAAACAAGGUGAUCACGUUCCCCAACCGGCUCGGGUUGGAUUCUGUACAGUUCUUCUCAGUGGCUGGAGACUUCAAGAUCAAAUCUGUCAAGUUUCUGAACUUUUAUGCUCCCUUUGCAGCUCUGAACUAGCUGGGGGAAAGAAUAUGCAAAUAAAGUCCCAUCUCC